AUGGCUCCCUCCCCUACCCUGAGCGGCUCGCCUAUGGAUGCACUUGUGGGGCUUCCGGCUCUUCCAGGGGUGCCGUCGCUUGCCAGCACACUCGGCGCCGUCCUACUAGGCUCCGUCUUUGGAUUCAUGCUAUAUGUAUUGAUGCUCCACCAGACGUACCGGUACUACAGGAUGUAUCCCGGCGACAGUCUGGCGCUUAAGGGUUUGGUUUUCAUUAUCGUUGCUAUGGAGACAUUCCAUACGGCCCUGUGGAUCAUCAUCUGUUACGAAUAUCUCAUCAACAAUUACUUCAAUCCCUUCAAUCUCAUCGAAACCCACUGGCGAGUGACUCCUAAACUGUACGCCCUCAGGUAUAUCAAGCUCACAAUACCAGUGACCGCUAUCACUGGCACGUUCAGCCAAAUUUUCUACGCAGGUCGGAUCUACUACAUCGGCCCCCAAUACAGACCCAUUGUCGCAGCAGCGGUCACGGUCAUGCUUCUUUCUCUGGGAUGGGAUUUCGCUGCCACGGUCAAAGUGUUUCAUGCAGCGACCAUCUUCGAAUUCUCUCACUGGACGUGGAUCAUCUCUGUCGCGUACGGCAUGGUCGUCCUGUGUGACCUCAUCAACGCUACGGCCCUGAUUGUAGUCCUGCGUCGCAGCCGUACCGGCGUGAAACGGACUGAUACGGUCAUAGACACACUUGUGUUGUACACGGUGAACACUGGACUGCUGACUACCAUCGUCAGCUCGCUCGUCUUCGCUUUCGCACUGGCGUACCCAGACAACUUGAUAUACGGCGCCCUCAGCAUCCCGGGGGUCAAGCUGUACUCCAACUCCGUGUUAGCCUUGCUCAACUCGCGCCGCGCCCUGUCAGAGCGCAUGAAACAGGGCCUCGAGGACGAUUCGGACUGGGCGCGCCCUCCAACCCUCGAGACCUGGAACGUCCGACAUGUUCCGAUUUCGUUACCGGUCACAAUCGACAUGACGGGGAGCCUGGGCAUACAGUCGGAUAUCGCCAAAGUCCUGCGGGGUGGUGAAGGCGAUGAUGCGGCGUAGACGCGUGUCGACGCCCUAGGGAUCCCGCUGCUCUCCGUGGCGUUGCGUUAAAGGCCUACAGAAUGGGUAUACCGAUAGCGGGAGCGGGUGAGCGGCUCGAAGUGAAGGGGCUUGACGGAGGAGACACGUUCGCGUCGCACCGGGGACAGGCCCUCCCGGCAGAGCAACGUUAUAUAUUCGCGUCGAUCCUGUAUUAUGUAUGCUAUG